GGUGGUAUUGAAGCUAAUAAUCAUACAUCUGUACAUAUCUAACGUCUUCGCCGGAUCCAUGUCAUAUAGUUUUUGACAAGCAACUUGAUAAGUACCUUCAAGAAGGGAGUAUGAGCGAAUUCUUUGAGGAAGUAUUUGGGUCGUCAAGCUCAGAUGAUGACUAUGACUUUGACGUGGAUUACAAGAAGGGAAAGAGCAAAAGACACAACAAGGGGAAGAAGGCAAAGUGUUCCAUAUUUGCAGUGCAUUCGGUGGCGGAUGGUACUCUCACCGAUCGAGGCCGGCAGCAGCAUGCACCGCCUCCACAACACCACCACCAUGGCCCUCCCCCCGCCAUACAGGGCCACGGACAGCCACCCCACGCCCAGACGCAGAUGAUGCAGAACCAAUGGCAGCAAGAGCAGCACUACCAGCAGUAUCAACACUUCAGCCAACAGAGUCAGGUCUACGGAAGCUAUGGCAACCAGUUUCAACAGAAUGUCUUCAGUAUAAACCCUUCUCAGGCACUUGCAUUCAAUACGGAACAGGAAUUCCAAAGAGACUUCAAUGAGUACGCCAACCCGACUCUAGGAGGCAUCCAAGCAGAGGAACUUCACAAUUUCAUGAACAGGCAUCCAAAAAUCAAAAAUCAAAAAUCAAAAAUCAAGAACUUCUAUGGAAUCUCUUGGAGCAUGGAACUUUGCAAGAUCAUGAUAAUGAUGCUGGACCGUAACAAGGAUGGUAUCAUGCAGUACGGAGAGUUCAAAGAGCUGUUGCAAUGUCUUCUUCACUGGCAUCAACUGUUCACAACGUACGACCUGGAUCGGUCUGGCUUUGUCGAGGCGAAUGAGCUGCUUAAUAUCACCAUGAGGAAAUUUGGGUACAACCUUUCUCAGAAAGCCGUAACAACACUACUCAAACGUUACUCGCGUGCAUUAGAUGACGGCCGAUGCCUUAUUGCCUUUGAUGACUUUGUGGCACUUUCAGUGCGACUCCGAGCAUACACAGAAGCCUUUCGUGCGCGUGACCGGAUGAACCACAACGGCCAAGAGACAGGACGAACAGAAUUCGGUUAUGAUGAUUUCAUCCAGUGUGUGAUGUGUCUGUAGACCGGUGUAAAAGUAAAAAGUGUCCCCCCGGAAAAAGUGUCCGGCCCUAUUGUAUUCUGCAAUAUGGUUCUAUAGAGACCCUGACCGUCAAUAGCUCAGAGAUUGAAGCGCAUAAUAGAAUCCUUUGUUCCCGGACAUUUUAUCCUAGGACAUUUUAAACUUCUACACCGGCAGCGAGAGACCAUGAAUAACGCCGCGGGCUAUAUACCAAAGAACUCCUUCCGUCCAUGUAGCUGUAGUCUUGUUUCUCUUGACUUUCUGAUGUCAGUCAAUCCACGAACAUUUACCUGGGAGUGUGUUGAAUUCAUCCAACAGCGAUAGUGCGAUCCAUGACAGGAUUUAGAUCAGAACAAUAUCAGGGGGACUUUUCAAAGUGCACGAGGAAUUUUUGAUUGCAUGAGGAUGUAUUGUCAUCACGUUUAUUAUGUUAUCAUUAAAAAAUUGCCUUUUUAAUUCAUCGUAUUAUAAAAUGUCAAGUUUUGUAGGUCUGGAAACACUUUUCCGCACGGUUAAGUCGCUGUUUUCCCUGGCCGUCUUAAAUGCUCAAUCUAUGGUUCAAAACAUUGUGAUGAGACCAUGUGGAGAACCUUCAAAAACUUAUUUUCAAGGAGUUGGAUUUCAAAAAAAAUUAUUAUUUCGUUAACUUAUACUUGUAUUUAUCAACAACAAAAUGCACUAUUUAAUUGAUAUUUCAUGGAAUUUGAAAUGAUUCCAGCCAUGUUGUUUUGUAGGUUAGAAUGGGGUAAUUGUAGCCCCGGUUUAUUUGUACCCCAUUCUACCUUAUAUGUUAUCAUUAUAUUCAAUGAUAUUUAUUUUGCCUUCCACAUCCUUUUGGUCGAUAGAAUUCCAGUCGAGAACAUUUUUCAGAGUAUCAUCGUAAAUAUCUCCUCCGCCAUAAAUGUAGAAAGUUGAAAAUAAAUUGCUAUAUAGUCCAGA